GAGCAGAGUGUGAGCGCGCCUGCCUUGUGUACCCGGCAUGUAAACAAUACAUGGAAGUCGCCUAGUAAUGCUAAGGCGGGGAGCAGCCCAAGGUGCCACCGGGGCGCCUGGAGCAUCCCCCAACUAACCCCUUCCUUCCCCCUCACCAGCAGGGCCGGCUGCCCAGUUUCCUAGAGGGAGAUCGAGGGGAGAGGAAUCGGAUAUAGUCUCACGUUGCGGAGGAGGCGGAGGGCAGCGGGAGGAGGCUGAAGGCAGCCGCCAGGGCAGAAGAGGAUGGAUUUCCAGCAGCUGGCUGACGUUGCGGAUAAAUGGUGCUCCAACACCCCCUUCGAGCUCAUCGCCACCGAGGAGACGGAGAGGAGGAUGGAUUUCUACGCCGAUCCAGGCGUUUCCUUUUACGUUCUCUGUCCUGACAACGGCUGCGGGGACAAUUUUCACGUCUGGAGUGAAAGUGAAGAUUGCUUGCCUUUCCUGCAGUUGGCUCAGGACUAUAUCUCUUCCUGUGGUAAAAAGACACUCCAUGAAAUACUGGAAAAAGUCUUCAAAUCAUUCAGACCUCUAUUGGGGCUUCCAGAUGUAGACGAUGAUGCAUUUGAAGAAUAUAAUGCAGAUGUGGAAGAAGAGGAGGCAGAAGCGGAUCACCAGCAAAUGGGUGUCAGUCAGCAGUAAUAUUCAGAGGAAUUAAAAUAUAUUUUAUCCUGCCAGGUGGGGUCUUAUGCUUUUGCAUUAGCAUUUUUGAAUUAGCACAUCACACUGGAAAAAUCUGACUCCCAAACCCAAAGUUAAAUAAAAGAAAGAAAGAAAAGAACAAUAUUUUUAAAAGUCUGUGAUCAGCUUUGCUAUGAAGUGGCCUGAAUUUAACUCCUGCUUCAGUGAGGUUUCUAUGGCGUUGUCUCGAUAGCAUUCUGCCACUGUUAACUUAGAACUAGGUUAUUUUUCUUGCUGACGUGUCUUUUUUGUUAUUAUUAAUAUUAUCAUUUUUGUUUGUUUGUAUAGAAGAAUUAACAUUUCACUGACCUGAAUGUGAUUUGAAUGUAGGAACUAUUUGGUUGGUGUGUUAAGUACUUGCGUGACCUUACUGAGGACCAUCCAUGCAGAGAAUAAAUGCAAUCUGCACUUUCA